CACAACAACACAACACAGCACACACAAAAAAAAGAACUGAAGUGAGCGAGUGUUUUGUGUUUUCAAUGAAACGCAUGAAGAGAGAUGACAGACCGGGAAUUGGGCAUGUUCGUCUAAAGUAGUGGCAUUGUUGCCGUUUCGUUUUACUCUCUUUGGUUUUUGUAUCGUUUUUUCAAGGCUUCUUAAACAAAAAGGGUGGUGUGUGUAUGCGGCAUUCUCCAUUGUCACCAUCACCAUGUCUCUGAAUCAUUCUCCAAUGGAUGUUGAUGGUGAGAAUUCUCAUGUGAGCAAUAAGCGUAGAAAAGGGUCGAGGAAAAGAAAGCUUCUCGUCAACCAAAGAGUUGAGUUGAAGAGUGUGGAAGAGGGUUUUCAGGGCUCAUGGCACCCGGGGACGGUAGUCCGUUGCGGGAGGCAGAAACGUCAUGUCAAAUAUGACAACAUUUUAGAUGAUGAUGGAUCAAAGUAUCUUGUGGAUGUGGUGUAUGUUUCAGCUGUUUUGGAUGGUCUUGGUUCUUCAGAUUGUAGCAAUGAACGCGGAUUCAUUAGACCACUGCCUCCUCCGCUUGCGUUUGGGGAGAGGGACCUUCCAUUUGGUCUCUGUGUUGAUGUGAAUUAUGAAGAAGCAUGGUGGGAAGGAGUUAUAUUUGAUCAUUGCAAUGGAACGAAGGAGAGGAGCAUUCUCUUCCCGGAUUUGGGUGAUGAAAUCAAGGUUGGAAUUCAUCAAUUGAGGCUAACUCAGGAUUGGGAUGAAGCCACCGAGAAUUGGGAGCUCCGAGGGAAGUGGGUGUUCCUUGAGAUGGUUGAGGAGUUUGAUAAGGAAUCCGUCAUUGCUGUUUCGCUAAAGCAAAUAUGGUAUGAUGUGAGGGCAACAAAGGAGUUUGAUGACAACUUAAAGCACUGGACUUGUAAUGUGAAGGAAUUGUGGAGAGACCUCGUAAAAGAGGUGAUUGGUGACUACUAUCUUCUUACACUAGAACAAGUUUUCCCAGCCUUAAACCUUCCGGAGGAGUUCUUGAAAGAAACACCAGAGUCAGUUGACAGGAUUCAGGUUGAGCCAAACUUGUUGAAUGGCAAUACAAAAUGCGGUGGCAUCAUUCCCCUUCAAGAGGAAUAUGAUAAAGAUCCUUUGGUGGACUUGGAAUCCGAGAAGGAAAUUAUUUUGCAGGUAGAACCAGCAUCUCCAGUUCAAGAGAUCAUGCCUGAGGCUGGUGAAGUAAUGCCAGGUGCUAGCAGGUGUGCAAAGAAGAGAAAACGUAGACGCACAGCAUCCAUAUGUUGGAAACGGCUGGAACUGAGAAACGCUGAAUUCUGUCCUGAUGUUAUUAAUGAAUAUAUACGUGGAUGUGGGAGCAAGACCGUUAGGGAACUUUUGAAGACUAAAGUACGGAAACAUCUUGCAUAUCUUGGAUGGAAAAUUGAGUGGGCUGAAGAUAAAUAUUUUCCUGGGCGAGGACGUUACAGGUACAAGUCACCUGAUGAUGCACAGGACCAGAAGGUUUACACUUCAAUUAUUCAAGUUUUAACACAACUCCAAAUGGAGUCCAACAUGAACAAUGUGCAGCCACAAAUUGAUCAUAAUAGGAUGCAUUCUACAAAUGACUCUAAUCUUUCACAUCUGCUUUCAGAUUUACCCCCAAAUGACCAGGAUGUAGAUGUUUGUCAUCCAAAACAGAAACCUUCUAAUGCUAAAGUUGUAGUUGAGCCAGAAUUUUGUCCUGAAGCUGUUGUUAAAUAUUACUUGAAUGCAUCAAAGAGACAUCAUUGGGUUGAUAAAGUCAAAUGGAGACUGAAAGCUAAGAAGCAUUUGUUAGCAGAAGGAUGGACCUUUGAGUACCCAACCAAGAAGCGAAAGACAACUUUGUAUAUGUCUCCAGGAAAUCAGUGGUUGGGCUUCCUUCGAGGUGCAUGCAGAAUACAUAUUAAAGAAAAGAUUUCUGAAUGGACUAAUUCUGGCAUGAUACCUUUGAAUGUCCCAGCCGUGAAUGAGAGCAAGAACGGUGAAGGUGAUGUUGAUAGUGAGGAUCUAUUACAAAUUUUGUCCCAAUUGCUUAAAAAAGAGCCUGCCUUGCUAACUGCUUCCCCAGAAUGUAGAUCAACUGAGAAUAGAAACCAUAGAUGCACCCGUAAUUCAAAAGCUUCCAUGCCAAAGAGCCACAGGAAAGGAUCACCAACACGUGUGCUAUGGUCAAGCAAAAGGGUGCAAAAGGUGUCUGCCCCUUCUCCGUCACACAAAAGACAUCAAAAUGUCUUGUCUUGGUUGAUCGAUAACAGUGUGGUGAUGUCAAGAUGUAAGGUCUAUUACUGGGCAGGAGGCAGGAACUCUAAAGUGUCUGAGGGGAGGAUAACUUAUGAUGGAAUCAAGUGUAGCUGUUGCUCAAAAAUAUAUGGUCUUGGUGGCUUUGUUAAUCAUGCUGGUGGAAGUAGUGACUGCAGGCCUUCUGCUAGUAUCUUUUUGAAGGACGGUAGGUCACUCUUAGAUUGCAUGAUAAAAGUGAUGCAUGAUCAUAGAACAAGCGAAGAUAUGAACAGACCAAGCAGUGAUCUGUUUGAAGGAGAAAAUGACAACAUUUGUUCUGUCUGUCAAGAUGGCGGUGAACUUGUUUUAUGUGACCAAUGUCCAUCAGCAUUUCAUAGCACGUGUCUUGAUUUGGAGGAUAUCCCUGAUGGUGACUGGUUUUGUCCAUCUUGUUGUUGCGGGAUUUGUGGACAAACCAAAAUAGAAGGGACUGAGGAUGGUGAUUUACUUGCUUGCAUUCAAUGUGAACAUAAAUAUCAUGUUGGAUGCUUGAAAGAUAGAGAAAAAUAUGAGUCAAGAAUAUAUAUGAAAAAUUGGUUGUGUGGAAAAGAGUGUGAACAGAUAUAUGAAGGCCUCCAAAGUCUAUUAGGAAAGCCACUUAUAGUGGGCACGGACAAUCUAACUUGGACAUUGGUGAAGUUUAUCAACUCUGAGAGUUGCGAUGUUGGUAGUACUAAGAAUGACUUAUUGGCAGAGACAUACAGCAAACUCAGUGUUGCACUUUCGGUGAUGCACGAGUGUUUUGAGCCAUUAAAGAACCCUUUUACUAGUAAAGACAUCAUAGAUGAUGUUAUAUUUAACACUAGGUCAGACCUUAAUAGAUUGAAUUUCGAAGGUUUCUACACUGUACUUCUGGAGCAAAAUGAAGAACUAAUUAGUGUAGCAACAAUUAGGGUCUUUGGACAGAAAGUAGCAGAGGUACCGCUUAUAGGUACCAGAAUACAAUAUCGUCGACUUGGAAUGUGUCGAAUUCUAAUGGAUGAGCUUGAGAAGAGGCUCACACAAAUUGGAGUGGAGAGGCUAGUCUUGCCUGCUGUUCCUGAUAUGCUAGAAACAUGGACCAACUCUUUUGGUUUUGCAAAGAUGACAAAUUUUGAGAGGUCACAGUUCUUGGACUGUGCUUUCCUAGAGUUUCAGGAAACCGUCAUGUGCCAGAAGCUGUUAACAAGGAGUCCAUCCCCCAAAUUGGGUUUAACAAGAGAGAUGCAACCAAAACCACAUGAUGUUUGUCAAAUGUAAAAUUGAGUUUGAUAAGUCCAGUUCAGCAUUUGAAGUGGACCAAGCUGAAGAGCUUGACAAAAGUAGGAAGGAUCUACAAGUGGUGGAGUGUGUUCCAACCUUGCCUACUUCCUAAUCUGAUAUUUAGACAGAGAUAGACCGUGUAAUGACAAGUUGAUAUUGUGGAGUAGCAUUGAACCGGGAAAGCAAAGGGAGACUGAAUAAAAUUGAGAAACAAACUCAAAUUUGGAAUUUUGCUUUUCAUUUGUUAUCAUAAUUUAGAAGUGUAAGAGUAUAGUGUAAAAUAUGAUAUCAUAAUAUAAGUAC